GGGACGCACGUCCUCCUCUGGGUCCAAUCCGCGCAGCGCGCGUCGCACAACGAAGCCCUCGAGCUCGCGUGCGCGAGAGCGAACGUGCACGGCGUCCCGGUCGUCGCGGUCUUCGGCGGCACCGCGGGGUUCCCGGGCGGCGGCAGCGGCGCGCGGCACCUGCGCUUCAUGUACGAGGGACUCUGCGAGCUCGAAGACGCGCUGGCGAGAACGCGCGGGGUGCGCCUUCUUGGGUUCGCCGGCGAGGUCCCGGACGUCGUCAUCGCCGCGUCGCGACGCGCCGUGGAGGUCGUGACCGACGCCGGGUACACGAGGACGUUACGGCGGUGGCGCGAGAAGGUGGCGGGCGGCGUUCAGUGCGCGACGACGGAGGUGGAGUGCGACGUCGUCGCGCCGUUGUACGCGCCCGGCGGCGGCGCCGGCAGAGGCGAGCCCGCGGCGGCGACGCUCCGGCCGAAGAUAUGGCCGCGGCUCGAGGCGCUCGCGUCGAGGGAGGCGACGACGACGACGCUCGCGCUCGCGGCGAGCGGCGCGGAGGAGGCGCUGGAGCUCGUCGGCGGCGCGGCGGCGAUGGCAGCGUUUCCGCGGCUGCCCGUCCCGCCUUGUCCGGGGUACCACGCCGGCGGCGAGGCCGAGGCGCAUCGUAAGCUCGAGGUGUUCUUGUCGCGCAGGCUGGACGACUACGCGUCCAAACGCAACGACCCGGGGUUGGGGUUGCAGUCGCACUUAUCGCCGCACAUCCACUACGGGCAAAUCAGCGUGGUGUACGUCACGCGCCGCGCGCUCGAGGUCAAAAGACGCGACCCGCGGCACGCGCGAAGUGUGGACGUCUUCCUGGACGAGCUCGUGAUUCGCAGAGAGCUCGCGAUCAACUUUGUCCUGAACAACCCGAAAUACGACUCGUACGACGGUCUCCCGCGGUGGGCGCGGAUUACGCUCGCGGACCACGCCGGGGACGCGAGGCGUUGGAGCUACACUCGGGAGGAGUUCGAGAGAGGGCUCACGCACGACGCGCUGUGGAACGCGGCGCAGCGGGAGUUACUCACGAGCGGGAAGCAGCACAACUACGUUCGGAUGUACUGGGCGAAGAAGAUCCUGGAGUGGAGCGAGGACCCCGCGGAGGCGUGGCGCGUCGCGAUCGAACUGAACAACAAGUACAGCCUGGACGGACGCGACCCUAGCAGUUACACCGGCGUCGGGUGGUGCUUCGGUCUCCACGAUAAACCAUUCCCGGAAACGCAAAUAGUCGGAACGUUACGGCGGAUGUCCGAGAACGGCAUGCGAGGGAAGUUC